AUGAAGCCAGAGAGAAGACGUGACAUUGUUGAGCGUCUUGGCUAUUGUACCAAUUAUUUGGCUCGAAGCCAUAAUAUAAGGUCGUGUACCUCGAUGGAGUCUUGCAUAAAAUGCAAGCAACUUCACCACACCAUGUUGCACCCAUCGAGGACACGCAGCCCAUCGCCCAACUUGUCCACCGUCAGCAGCCAACGCGGUCGUGAUGCCGAGACCCAGAUACAACCGCACCAACAACCACAUCAACAUCAUCAUCACCAUCGUCAACACCGACACCAUCAACCUCGCCAGCCACAUCAUCGUCGUCAUCAACGCCAACAGCCACAUCAUCGUUGUCAUCAACGUCAACAGCCACAUCAUCGUCGUCAUCAACGCCAACACCCUCAUCAACAACAACGUCAUCAAAUUCAACGUCAGCAAAAUCAACAACGCCAGCGUCAACAAUCACCAGCUCCAAUUGCUUCAUCUACCACUCCACCAAUGCCAGAUCAACGUAUAUUGGCUGAAGCUAUUAAAUCUCUGGCCAACGUAUUAUGUUACCAAAAUAAGCCAGAAUAG